AAUACCAUGCAUAUGGUUCAUAGCUAGCAUGCAUGUUUUAACUUUUUGACAAUUAGAAACUGAUUAUUAGGGUUCAAUUCAAGCAUGGGUGUUCUUCUUCUGCUUCUGAAGAUGAUUCAACAUGCAAAGCAAAAGUUACGACUACGGUCUCAACGGUGCUCAAAGCGCCAUUUUUCAAGACAGGGUUCGAAGAAAAUAGUUGAUGUUCCAAGAGGACAUUUUGCUGUGUAUGUUGGUGAUAAGGAAGAUGAAUAUAUGAGGCGGUUUGUGGUCCCUAUAUCUUACUUGAAGCAACCUAUGUUUCAGGCCUUGUUGAGUCUUGCUGAGGAAGAGUUUGGUUUUGAACACCCAAUGGGAAACAUUGUUAUUCCAUGCCCUAUUCGUUAUUUUGUUACUCUCAUUUCUUGUUUCAAUGGCUCGUAAUUAUUUUGUUACUCUCACUUUUUGUCAGCUUAGUUCACUAAUUGUACUUCAUGAAUAUGGUUUGUUAGAGAAAAAAUAACAUAUAUAUAUUUCACUGUUUUGAAGUGAAUUGUUCGAAGAGUAAAGCAUAGAGCAUUGAAGUGAUGAAUUCUUCAAAACCAAUGUCUGUUUGUAACCAACUUUCCUUUUUUAAUAACUACUUUUGAGAAGGUAGUUAGGAAGU